GAUCGAGCUAGGGUUUUGAAUCCGCCGAAUCGAUGACGAUCGAGAGCCAUAUCCAGGUUCGAGAUUUAUAAACCAGAUCGAGAUCGAGAUCGGAGAAAGUAGCUCGCUAGAUCUGAGAUCGGCGGCGGCGGCGGCGGCCGGAAAAUGGGGCGGGGGAGAGUGGAGCUGAAGAGGAUCGAGAACAAGAUAAACAGGCAGGUGACGUUCGCGAAGAGGAGAAACGGAUUGCUGAAGAAGGCGUACGAGCUCUCCGUGCUCUGCGAUGCAGAGGUCGCGCUCAUCGUCUUCUCCAACAGGGGAAAACUCUACGAGUUCUGCAGCACUUCCAACAGCAUGCUCAAAACUCUGGAAAGGUAUCAAAAAUGCAGUUAUGGUACACUGGAAGUUAAUCGCCCAAACAGAGACAAUGAGCAAAGUAGCUACAAGGAAUACUUAAAACUGAAGGGCAAAUACGAGUCACUACAACGGUACCAAAGACAUCUUCUUGGGGAGGACUUGGGGCCCCUAAGUAUAGAUGAGAUUGAGCACCUUGAGCAUCAGCUGGAUACGUCGCUGAAACAUAUUAGGUCUACCAGGACUCAAAUGAUGCUUGACCAGCUAUCUGAUCUUCAAACGAAGGAAAAGCUUUGGUUGGAGGCUAAUAAAACUCUUGAGUCAAAGCUUGAAGAAAUAUAUGUGGAAAAUAACAUUCAACAGCAAUGGGGUGACCAAAGUGGUUCAUACGACCAGCACCACCAUCACCAUACAGAUCAUCACCAUCAUCAUGAUCACGUUCCUCAUCAUCCUUUCUUCCAACCCUUGGACUGUGAUUCCACUUUGCAUAUCGGGUUCAAUCCGGUAGCUGCUGCUACUUCCACCCAAAUAACAACAGCAAGUAACGCACAAAAUGUCAACGCCGUGCUCCCCGGAUGGAUGCUUUGACAUAUAUAUGAUACAUAUAUAUGAUCAGAGAAUUUGAUCACAAUUGAUGAUGAAGAAGAAGAAGAACAAGCGUGAGGACCUCAUCAAUUAUCAAUCUGCAAUAAGCACUCCCUUCAUCGAUCUUGAUUGAUUGGCCGGCGGCGGCCUGGACUAUAUUGUAUUAGAGACCUACUCUACUGUAUUUAAUUUGUGUGUGUGUUCAAUUUUCUUAUAUGCUUAUUAUUGUACAAUAAGAUAAUGUAUCUUGU